AUGGGAGGAGACAACAGUCCUUGGGGUUAUAAUACCGAAAUUUAUUAUGAUUUUCAAGCUAACAAGGAUACACCAAAAAAUGCUACUGAUUUAGAUAACAAAAGAUUUUUAGAAAUUUGCAACAUCGUUUUUCCGGAAUUUUACCAUAAGGGGGAAGAAAAUUUGCCUUUAAAAGAAAAAUGUGUAGACGUUGGCGGUGGUCUCGAAAGAAUAGCGAUGAAAACUACCACCAGAAAAGCGAAAAAUAGACCAUAUGGCAAGGCAACGUUAAAUGUCAGGAUUGAUAAUAUUAUGGGUAAAGAUAACGAAAACGAUUUAACAAUUUUUCGCCAAAUGAUAAUGAUACAUGAAGUAAUGGAAAACAAAGAAGGAGGUUAUAAACUUUUUAAAUCAUUAGAGAAUAGUAAAAAAGAUUUAGAACCCGAUUCACCCGAGUACCAAGAGCAAUUACAAAAUGUCUUUUCCAUCGUUUCCGAAGCUCACGCUAGUGGAAAAGCCUUUGAAGUUGAUAAUGGCAGAUUUGAUGGCGACGCAGAGGCUGGAAAAGCAACUUUCCAAGCAAUUGCUAAUUCUCUUUCUGCUGCUGACAAGGAAAAUUUUCAUUUUUGA